ACCACUCUUCUUCUUCGCGUAUCUACGUCUAUGCUUGUUUAAUGGUUUAUGUGUGCAUAUAUAAAACCGUACAAGACCUGUUCUCGCAUCUUCUGAUAUUACCUUGUCAGAGACCAGAACCAGAGACCAGAUCCUUCUUUUGCAUUUGCUCAUCCUGUGCCAAGAAUAGAAACGCUUGCCAGUCUUUAUUCGCCUUCUUCAUCGAACUGAACAACGCGAACUGAUUCCUCUUCCUUCGCAUUGUAACUCCUCAUUGGAUUUUCUGACAAUUCUGGAAAAAAUAUUUCAUAAACGGAAAAAUACGAAAGACAGUGUUCGUUUGACAACAUAUAAUUGAAAAUUGGAAAAAGCAACAAGUUUGCGAUAUAGAGUUCUAAGAUCAUUUCUUAUCUUUUAUAGAUAUGCGCUUUUUCAUUCUCAUCCUACCGCUGGUAACAGCGAUUCCAUUAAAAAGUUUCGAUAAAAAGUAUGAUCUUGGCAUCGAGGAUGGAAAGUUGAAAUAUGUUAAACUCAUCGAACCGAGUGACACCGUUGAUCUUUCGAAUCUCGAACUGAAUGAGCUGGACAGAUAUGCCUUCGAGUACGUUACUGACGUGAAAACAUUGAAUUUGGCUGGCAAUUCCUUGAAAAAUUUGCCUCAUUUCGUCUUCUCGAACCUGACCCGAUUAGAGAAUUUAUCUCUGGCUAGAAACAAAAUCGUAAACGUUGAAAAUCUUUUUGUCGGAUUGAAAAAUCUUAAUCAAUUAGACAUAUCUUAUAAUCCGAUUUCUCAUCUACGACGGGGAUAUCUUUUUGGUUUAACCAAAUCUGUCGAGAUUUUAACCGAGGGCAACAUCUUUUGGAGUAUAAAUACGAACGUUUUCACAAAUUUGUUUCUAAAGGAGGACGAUGAAAAGGAAAAUCAAUUGAAAAUUAAUGAUAACGAGAAAGAGAGAUUGAUAGAAGCGAGCGAUAGAAAAGUUCGAGAAAUAGAGUUGGAACAGGAAAAUGUGAUUUUCCGAAGGUAUCAAAGAGAUAUCAACGGUCAACUCGGGGAAAAUCCCAGAGCGAAGCUCUGCAUGACGGAUGACGGUGUCGUAACGUCCAUCAGCGAUAUCGAUAAUAACGAAACUUUGGAAGGAGGAUGCCGAGAGGUGACCUUCGAUCACAAGAAGGGACAACUCGAGCUUCGUAGUAUGGGUAUUAAAUCCUUCCAAGAAGGUUGGUACAAGAUCCGUUCCUUUCCGGUCAGUUCCAUCGAUUUAUCCGACAAUGAUAUUACCGAGAUUACCAAAGAAGUACUCAACGAUUUGCCAAUGAGCGUCGAGUAUGUCAAUCUAGCUGCUAACAGGAUUAGUCAUUUGUGGAAGAACGUGAUAGAGAAUCGAUAUCUGAAGAGGCUUAAUUUCAAGGCUAAUUCCAUCGAUACCAUCGAGGAUAACAGUUUCAAUAAAACCAAUCUGGAGGGCCUUUUUCUCGCAGACAAUCAGCUUGACAAUCUCAAUUUUCUUCAUACUUUGCCGUCGACGUUAACCCAACUCAUUCUGACUAGUAAUCAAAUCGCCUCCAUCAAUCGUGGUGACUUUUCGAAUCUAAAACGUUUAACUUAUCUUAAUAUGGGCAAUAAUAAGAUUACUAAGCUGCAAAACAACGCUUUCGAGGGUCAGGAAAACCUUCCUGUACUGAUAUUGACCAGAAAUCGUAUCGCCGAGAUCGAACCAAGAGCCUUCUCGGAUUUGAAAAUGUUGACGACGCUUUAUCUCUAUCAAAAUCUUAUCAGUAAACUCGAUAAGAAUACAUUUACUGACCUUACUAAACUUCAAGACUUAAAUCUCAUCACGAACAAGUUUACAAUUAUAUCCGAAGAUACUUUUCCUCUUUUGCCAAAAUCUCUCAUGUCUUUGAAUCUUGAUGGCAAUGAAAUAAAAAGCUUGGAGAAAGGUAGCUUCGUCGAUACACCGCGAUACUCUUUAUCCUUAAACGAAAAUCAAAUAUCAAACAUUGCCCAAGGCGCCUUUAAACUUCCGAAUCUUCGUAAUUUGUAUUUAAACAACAAUACCCUUACCACCAUCGAUGGCGAUAGUUAUCAAGGUUUACCUCAGCUACGACAUCUUUCCCUUUCUGGCAAUCAAAUAUCGAGCAUCGAAAAGGGCUCUUGCAAAAAUCUCGCUGGUUUACAAAUCUUGGACAUCUCUGGUAAUCCCUUUCAACAUCUCAAGAAUGGAGCCCUUUAUGGUUUGAACAUUGAAAAAGGCACCUUUCUCUAUAUUUAUGACAAUCAAUUGAAGUCUAUGUACGGUGGUAUGUUUGAAGAUGCUUAAAUGUAUUCACGUUACGAAUAUUUAAAACAUCUUCGAUUAGGAGAUGGCACUAGCUCGACGUUUAAUUACCUCGCUUUAAAUAGAGUUUCAACGAUCAAUGUUGCGAAUUGGUAAAGUUUCAUCGUGACGCGAUAUAUAUACGUACUAUAUACAUACCAUAUAUAUACAUACAUAUAUAUAUAUAUAUAUAUAUAUAUAUAUAUAUAUCUUUAUGUCUUCUAUUGAUUCUAUGUAGUUGUAAAAAGAAAUGUUAAAAAUAAAUUGACAAAUAUAAAUAUCUACAAUAUUCUCGUUCUAGCGUCGAUUAAUUAAAAAUCUUGACCUUAUUAGAAAUAUGAACGCAACUUUUCUUGUUUCGACGUAGAAUUUACGACAAGUUUUCGCAACAACUUCCGCAUUCUUCGAACAUGUACCCUGAUAUAAAAAUUGAGCAAUGCAUUUCUUUACUAAAUAAAAGAUUUCGUCAUGCAAAAAUAAUAAUCUUGUUUAAAUAAAUGCUUUGAAAAAGA